GUUAUUUUAUAAGCUUAUUUAAGCUAUUCUUUCACAUAGACAUUUUUUUCAAGAUUUAGUUUUUCUAAAUUUGUUAAAUUUUUAUUCAGAGCUUUAAUGUGCAUUAUUCUAAACCACAGAGCAUCGAUAAAUCAUUUUUUAAAGCAAUAUUUGCAGCAUAUUUGUAUUAUUUAAGAGUAUUAUUAUUUAUUUUUAUUAUGAUUCCAUCGUUAUUAUUGUUAUUUUUAAUUUUAUUAGUUGUCUGUCUAUAUAUUAUUUAAAAAUCUAUUUACAAUAGUGCUUCAUUUUUCCGUCUAAUAUAUGUAAAAUAGUAGAUUUUUUUUUAAUCCCAUGUUGCUGUUGAAUCCUGGAUUGUGAUUGGUCAGAAGGUGUGGAUUCAAUUUCUAUAAGAGUAGCGCGGGUUUAUAUUAGCGCGCUCGUUCUACUAUCGUUUCUAUAGCAACAGCUUGUUCGCAUAUGGCGAGGAGACGUUAAUCGAACCUUUUAUGGAAGGAGUCUCCAGUGUCGGAGUUGACGAUGAAUGGCCUGUCUGUCAGUGAGCUGUGUUGCCUGUUCUGCUGUCCUCCAUGCCCGAGCCGUAUCGCCGCUAAGUUGGCCUUCCUGCCCCCCGAGCCCACCUACACCCUCCUGCCGGAUCUGGAAGCAGGCCCGGUGUCCACCAGCUCCACCACGGCGCCUGGUCUGCGCUCUCGAGGCGGCUCUGCAGCAGGAGGAGGAGGAGGAGGAGGUGCCGGCGGCGGCGCUGUCGUAGGUGUGGGCGGGGGUGUUGGAGGAGGUGUAGGAGGAGGAGAGGGGCGCUGGAAGCUCCAUCUCACAGAACGGGCCGAGUUUCAGUAUUCCCAGCGGGAGCUGGACGUCACCGAAGUGUUCCUGACGCGCUCGAGUCGAGGGAACCGAGUGGGCUGCAUGUACAUCCGCUGCGCUCCCACAGCACGGUUCACCGUGCUCUUUUCCCACGGUAACGCUGUAGAUCUGGGGCAGAUGAGCAGUUUUUACAUCGGCCUGGGGACGCGCAUCAACUGCAACAUCUUCUCCUACGACUACUCGGGCUACGGCGUGAGCACGGGAAAACCGUCCGAGAAGAACCUGUACGCGGACAUCGACGCGGCGUGGCAGGCUCUACGCACGCGGUACGGCAUCAGCCCCGAGAACAUCAUCCUGUACGGGCAGAGCAUCGGCACGGUGCCCACGGUGGACCUGGCGUCGCGGUACGAGUGUGCGGCCGUCAUCCUGCACUCUCCGCUCACCUCGGGCAUGAGGGUCGCCUUCCCCGACACCAAGAAGACCUACUGCUUCGACGCGUUCCCCAACAUAGAGAAGGUGUCGAAGAUCACGUCUCCGGUGUUGAUCAUCCACGGGACGGAGGACGAGGUGAUCGAUUUCUCGCACGGCCUGGCCCUGUACGAGCGCUGCCCCAAAGCUGUGGAGCCGCUGUGGGUGGAGGGGGCGGGGCACAACGACAUCGAGCUCUACAGCCAGUACCUGGAGCGUCUGCGCAGGUUCAUCGGCCAAGAACUGGCAAUCCAGCACACCUGAGCACCUCCCACACAUCUCUCCCCCUCUCUCUCUCCCUCUCUCUCUCUCUCUCUCCCUCUCCCUCCCUCCCUCUCUCUCUCUCUCUCUCUCUCUCUCUCUCUCUCUGACCCGUUUACACUUCCUCUUUCAUGCAUCCUCAAUAAUUAGGAUUUCAUGUUUCACGAUGAAUAAAGCGCGGGUAGAGAUGCACCCAGGACUGCUCUGAAACGGACAUAAACGGAAUAGCAAUGUAUAAUCGGUGUACUUUAUUUAUUUAAUAGCUAUUUCCACAGAUAUUAUUAACCGGAAUAAACCGCCGAGUGCUCAGAGAAACAACGCUACCUCGAGGGACGAAAUAACAUUUUUUCCGUUUGCCAUAAGGGAUCUGUAAUUAUAAAUCAAUAAAAAAUGUUUUUUGAUAAAUUAGUUACGUAAGAUAAAUAUCACAUCAAAUAUAAAAUGAAUGAAUUCUAUUUAUUUUAUAUCAUUUAUUUAACUUCCCUUCCCCCGCCUGCCCCUUCCCCCCUUCUCACUCUGUUAAAACUCUUUGUGAGUUGGCUUUGAUGGAGAAAAGGGGCGGGGCCGAGCGGAUUUCAACAUUUCGGGCAUUGUUUCGGUUGGAGAAAGGGACGCUUCCUUAUACGUAUGUUUAUGUUUUGGGGGGUAAUUAUUGUUCUAUUACUUAGUUAUUAUUCUAUUGUUAUUAGUAAUUAUUCUAUUACUGAGAACAGGUACUAGGAUAAUUACUUAUUCAAAUUUAUUGUUUUUAAAACUUGAAACGAGUCUCCGCUCAAUCCAGAUGUGUUAAGCGGACGUGUAAACGGAGUCUCUCUUACUUCCUUUCUUUCUGUCUGUCUCUCUCUCGGUUUUUCCUCUCUCUCUUUUUAUAUUGUCGACAUGUCUCCGGUGGGAGUGAGACAGGUGUCGAUAAACCGGCGUGGACUCCUCCACGUUUAUACGGACUUCGUUGUUGUUUGGAGCGACUCGAUGCUGACGACCGACCGCGGAGGUUCUCGCUACUUUGAUGCGGUUGUUCUGACCUCCUCUCUGUGUGUGUGUGUGUGUGUGUGUGUGUGUGUGUGUGUGUGUGUGUGUGUCCUCGAUGAGCGACAGUGCUGGAAAACACACCAGGCUCGAACGUCUUUCUCUUCCUCGAUCGGUAGAGUUUACGGGAGCUGCUUUUUCGUAGCCUUCCUACGUUAAUUAGCGUCGUUAUUGCUGCGAUUAAACUUCGCCCCGUUUUUAUUAUCAUUAACGCGUGCGCUCUUUUCCUUCUGAGUUUUAAAGGUUCCGUACCCCGUCAUUAAGCUCCAUUCGGUCAUUCGGCGUAGCGACGUAAUGAGCUGACUAAUAACCGCGGGAUUAGUAUAAAGCUGUGGAAUGUGUGACCUCGGGCCAGCGUCUUAGAACACGAUAUCCAUGAAAGCGGAUGGUUUUUCCUUCCCCGUAUGCGGUCACACAUGUCCCAUUUGUGUGUGAGACACGAAACCGAGCCCCUACCACAUCCGAGGAACAGGUGUGUGACGCUGUGAUUCUCGCUGUCUCACCCCAGGGGGUGCUGGAGUGAAAAGACACGCGAUAUUUCGCUCGAGGCGGGGAUAAACCAAAGAUGCCGAUCUCUAGCGUUCGUCUCCGACGGAUCAGAAUCUCAGACCUACCACAAUCCCUAUUCUUCAAUCAUCGACCCCGCCCCACCCCGGGGUGACUCGUGACUCAUCCGUUUACCUUUAACCCGUCUCCUUUAAUCACCCGUUUUAGACUAUCGCGAUAGGUCACGCUGACGAUGCGAUAAACCUUUACUUCUUUGCAUAUAAACGAUCAUUGUUUAGAAAUAUGUUGACGUUGGCGUUCGAGACAAAGCCUUACGGCGAAUCAAAAUGGCAGCUACGUUAAUAUUUUACAAAACUGGCGAGUAGGAACGUACCGGCUCAGGAGAUAUCCGUUACGGUUUUCAGAACGAGUACCUGCAUACGUGUACCCGCGAACACCGUCCUUAAUUUAACGGAUUUAGAUGUAUUUUUCAGAAUUCACCCGAAUUUUAAGUGUCUUCAAAUGCAGUACAGAGUGUAUCCAGUAGGGGGCGAUGAUGACUGAAAUGACGACAUAACACCAGGAGUCAUCUCCGAUCUCAGCAGCUAUGUUUUUUUUUGUUGUUUAUUUGCGGAAAACUACUCUAACCGGCCGAGUGCGCGUCGUGACGACGUCACAUGGCGCGUCUUCGUGUAACUUUGAGAUUUUUCCUGGGUUUUGCGUUUAAUUUCGGCGAUGGCGAAAGGCGUGAGGGACCGAUCUAUCAUACGAUGCAAUUUCCUUAACCUCUGAUCGAUGAUGUGAUUCUCAGGUAGCGUUAAUUCGCGAGUGAUGACGUAGAUAAGAACUGUUUAAAAAAAAAAAAACACACACACAAUCACGUUACGAAGUUACAGUCCGAUCUCCUCGCUGGUGGCAGUUUAUCGUUUUUUUUUUUCUUCUUCUUGGUUUUUUUCAGUAAUAUAAUGACUUCUAAUGAAGAACAAUCGCUUUAUGAUCGUUGCAUGGAUCCAUUUCGAUCGGAAUCACAGAUUCGCGACACACUCGCUACGCACCUGAACAGAUAAAUAGACCGAGAUACAAACGAAUAAUAAAGAAGCGUCCAACCGUCAACAGUGGUGGUUCAUUUAGGAACCAGGACAGAAGUGUAAAAGUGAAAAUGCCCUGCAGGCGUAGAGAGCUCGUCGCCGUUUCAGUGUCUGUGUAGCGAUGAUGGAAAUGAAAUAAAGGAGCGCGGCAGGUGUGAGCGCAGUCGUAGACAAACCGUGGCGCGUGUUUGAGUGUGUGGAAGACGAAAGACUCGAGCCAAGGCACUGGACAAAGCUCAAACUGUCCGAGGAUCAGCUGUGGAGCUGCUGUUUGGUGUGUGUGUGUGUGGGGGUGGGGGUGAGGGGGGGCACAAGUGUUUGGGGGACAAGUGCAACACAGGGGCAGGCUUUGGGAAUGAGGAUUAAAUUGUGAGAAUACUGUGUGCGUGUGUGUGUGUGUGUGUGUGUGUGUGAGAGAGAGAGAGAUUUCAUGGAGGACCCAGAUGGACUCGUUUCGACGCUCCAGACCAACGUUUAGAUUCUGAACUGAUUUUUUUUUUUUUCUUCUCUUGCUGAUUUAAAGAAGCUUAAGUUAUAAGAGUCUUUUGUAAAAGCACUCGGAUGGACGUACUGUAUCAUAUUUACACACACACACACACACACACACGUGUACAUGACAUUUUCUUCCUUAGGGGUAUUUUUUAUUUUUUUAAUUGAUUUAUUUUCUCCUCUUCCUCGGGGUUAAACGGGUUUUCCAGGUGGUGUGUUUAUUGUCAUGGUUGUGUCCACUUACACAUUGUUUAUUGUAAUAUAUAAUAAUAAUAAUUAUAAUAAUUAUAAUGAUUAUAAAACUGUUGUUUUUAGUUUUUCCAGAUUAAAGAUGAUCUUAGAGAAUUAAAAAAAGGAUGAAUUGAUUAUAAGAGUGAAGCGUUCUUAUUCAAUACGAUUCUGAGGGUGUGUGUGUGUGUGUGUGUGUGUGUGUGUGUGUGUGUGUGUGUGUGUGUCUCAAAGCGCAUGUUAACAGCAACAGAUGGACUCUCUCAUACGUCCCAAUUAUCUUUUCUGUUUUAAUGGUCUGCUCCUCACAGACUGUAAAAUGAUGGAGGCCGAGACGCUUCACACGGACAGAUGGAGCUGAAGACACACACACACACACACACACACACACACACACACACCUGCGUCGUUCUUACAAGACUGCAUGUGUGGUUUAAGUCUGUGUUAAGCUCUCCAGCUGUUUAACUGCGCCUGUGUGUGUGUGUGAGUGAGAGAGAGAGAGAGAGAAAAAGCAAGAGGUCGAUACCUGAGCACAGCCGGCUUUCCUUCAACACACACACACACACACAAACACAGUAUGUGUCGGUCAGUCCUGCCUGAGGCUCUAAAAUCUGGGAAAGGGUAAGCAUAUAACACGUUAUCGUUACUAUAGUAACCGCUCCUUCACAGGGACGUGUACAGCAGACGCGCCACGUAAACAGACCGUGUGCAGCACGAUAGUGGACGUGGUGAGGUUUGGAGGUUAUGGAAGGAGUCUCCAGUGUCGGCGCUUUCUAACCGUCGGGUUGUGGUGAUUUGUUUGUUUAUUUAUUUAUUUUUAUUUAUAAUUUAUAAUUAAAUAAUAAUAAUUUAUAUUUUUUUAUUUUAUAGUGGAAAAUAAUAAUCAUCAUCAUAAUAAUAAUAAUAAUAAUAAUCUCCAUCACACAUUGUGUGUGUGUGCUGGAUUGAAAGGUCCAGACUCACGCU